AUGACAAAGGUACUGAUUGUUUUAUCGAGCUACAACGAACCAUUUUACCCAGACGGAGCAAAGACAGGUGUCUUUGCAAUGGAAGCCUUGCAUCCAUACCAGGUCUUUGUCAAACAGGGGGCCGAAGUGGACUUUGUUUCGGAGACAGGCACUUUUGGUUGGGAUGAACACUCAUUGGCACCGGAUUUCCUCAGUGGUAAGGAGAAGGAAAUAUUGGAAGAUUCAAGUUCUGGGUUUGGGAAAGCUGUAAAACAGGUAAAGAAGGCAAGUGAGGUCAAUAGUAAAGACUACGAUAUUGUUUUUGCUGCCGGAGGCCACGGUGCUGCCUAUGACCUUGGUCGUGAUCCUGAAGUACAUAGAUUAGCUGCAGAGAUUUAUGCCCAUGGCGGAGUCGUAGCCGCAGUUUGUCACGGACCAGUCAUCUUUGAUGGCUUGAAAAAGCUAGAUGGUGAAUUAUUAAUCAAAGACAGGAAAUUGACUGGUUUUACAGAUGAGGGAGAGGUAAUAAUGAAAGUUGAUAAACUUAUGGAGGAAAAAGGAAUGAAAACGGUGAAGCAAAUUGCCAAGAUCAAUGGCGGUUGUUAUGUGCAGCCAAAAGAUCCUUGGGAAUCGUUUGUUGUCGUGGAUGGGAAAAUUGUGACAGGCGUAAACCCGGCAUCUGCUGGUGAGACAGCAACUAAAUCUUUAGCUGCUUUUGGACAGUGA